AUGGGAAAGAAGCAGGUGCGUCCUCCACGAGCCCUUCCACCUGUGCCAAGUGCUGUUCAAGAUGAUGUUCCACUUAAUCGUCCUAAGAAAAAGAAGCCAAGGCCAAAAAGCACACUAGUUAGUACCUCUUUGGAUGGUCUUGUUCAGCCUGCUGUCCAUAGGCCAUCUGAAGACAGUGAGCAACCAACUAAAGCCACAGAGCAUCCAGAAGCUCCUGUUCAAAAGCGACACAGGAAGACGAGACUACCUCUUGAAUUAGAGACUUCCUUCUCCCAAAAGAAGGCAUCUAGUCCAUCUUUAUUACACAGUGAAAAUGGUACUGAUGUGGAGCCAGCUGAGGAGGCAGUUAUUCAAAAACCUCGAAAGAAGACAAAGAAAACACAGCAAUCAGAAUUACAGUAUGCCAAUGAGCUAGGAGUAGAAGAUGAAGAUAUAAUUACUGAGGAGCGAAAUAUUCCAGAACAACAGUCUAUAUUCACUGCACCUACUGGCAUUAGCCAGCCUGUUGGCAAAGUAUUUGUGGAAAAAAGCCGGCGGUUCCAGGCUGCUGAUCGCUCAGAGUUGAUUAAGACCACAGAAAACAUAGAUACGUCACUGGACAUGAAGCCUUCCUGGACGACCAGAGAUGUUGCACUUUCAGUGCACCGGGCUUUCAGGAUGAUUGGUCUCUUUUCUCAUGGCUUCUUGGCAGGCUGCGCUGUGUGGAAUAUUGUUGUUAUAUAUGUUCUGGCAGGAGAUCAGCUAUCAAACCUCUCAAACCUUCUGCAACAGUACAAGAACUUAGCAUAUCCAUUCCAGAGUCUUCUCUACUUGCUUUUGGCUCUAAGUACAAUUUCAGCUUUUGACAGGAUCGACUUUGCUAAAACAUCAGUAGCACUCCGAAGUUUUCUUGCCCUGGAUCCAACAGCUCUAGCAUCUUUCUUGUACUUUACUGCUCUUAUACUAUCUCUGAGUCAGCAAAUGACAAGUGACAGAAUCCACCUUUAUACACCUUCUUCUGUUAAUGGUAGUCUCUGGGCAGCAGGGAUUGAGGAACAGAUUCUCCAGCCAUGGAUUGUGGUGAAUCUGGUGGUAGCUCUUCUGGUUGGAUUAUCUUGGCUCUUUUUAUCUUACAGGCCUGGCAUGGAUCUUAGUGAAGAGCUGAUGUUCUCUUCUGAUGUGGAAGAAUAUCCUGAUAAAGAUAAAGGAAUCAAAGCCUCUUCAUAA